AUAUCUGAGCCUACGACAGAGGCGUUUCGGGCCAAUGUAGCAGAAGGUUGGGCACUGGUUCAUGGGAAGAAGCAGGGUAAGGAUUUGGUAGAAGAUGAGGAACUGGUGGUUUCACCAUCUCGGUUUAGACCCUUACAGGACAUUGAUGAGGAAGAAGAGGAGGAUAAUAUAGAUGAGUAUGGAAAGGAGACUGAAGAGGGUGAGAUUCUAGAAAGUAAAGAAGAGGAGAAGAAAAGGCAACAGACGCAGGCGUCUCUAAGAGGCAAGAAACUUGCAGCUGGUUCAGCUCAUAAACCUUCCCGUAGUAAAGUGAUUCGUACUAAGGAUUUGCUAUAUAUGGGUAAACAAGGCACAUCCAAAAAAUCUUCCGUUAGGAAGAUAUGA